UUGGAGCUGCGUCAGGUGGCAGCAGCAUGAAAACAUCCCUGAACCUGCAUGUAGAGUACCCGGAGAAAUCCCAUGCAGACACAGGGAGAACAUUUACUGUAUAGGAAGUGUGUUUUACCAUUUACUGUAUGUGAAAUUACUUUUUAAAAAGAACCCCAGCCGGAAAGGAAGCUGACAGCGACUUAGACAUCUGCUUGUGUAAAGCCAUAAAGUAGAAGAACAAACAAGACGCAGAGGGGAUAAAGGCAGGAGCAAGAUAGGAGGCAUAAGGUACAAGGCAAAGAAGCAGAGGAAGCACGGGAGGAAGAGGAGCCAAGAAUAUAGGCAGAAGGAACUGCUGAGACAGGUAGAGGGAGCAGAGGAAAGCAGCACACAAUGACUGCAGAGAUCUCGUUCUCAGAUUUUCAAAUCAAAAGAAAUAAUACCGCCCAUCAUACGAAUGAAACUGGAGACAGGCGUCUCUUUGUUAGAAGAGGACAACCAUUCUUUAUUACCGUUCACUUCAAAACAAGGGGCUUUCAACUAGGCCAGGACAAUGUCAUCUUCCUCGUGGAAACAGGACCUUGGCCCGACGAAUCCGCUGGAACAAAAGCCGUAUUCCCUUUAUCAAAGGCUUUAAACAAAACAAUGUGGAGUUCUGCACUGCAGAACAAUGGAUCCAACUCUAUGGUCCUCUCCAUCCUUUCACCCCGUACCGCUAUUAUUGGACAGUAUCAACUAAAGAUGCAAAUUAGCAGUGGAACAAAAACCACCAACUACAAUCUGGGGACAUUUAUGUUACUGUUUAACCCUUGGUGUGCAGAUGAUGAUGUGUUCAUGGGAAACGAAACCGACAGGCAGGAGUAUGUCAUGAACGACUACGGAUUUGUUUAUCAAGGAAACCAUAACUGGAUCUCCCCUUGCCCUUGGAACUUUGGACAGUUUGAGGACGACAUUGUGGAUAUCAGUCUAAAGAUUCUAGACAAGAAUUUAAACUACAUUCAAGAUGCAUUUAAAGAUUUAGCCUGUAGGAAUAACCCUGUAUACAUCAGCAGAGUCAUCUGUGCUAUGAUCAACAGUAAUGAUGACAAUGGGGUGUUACAAGGUAACUGGUCUGGGGACUAUAAAACCGGAGUCUGCCCAUCUGCUUGGAAUGGGAGUGUACGCAUUUUAAGACAAUGGUAUAAAAGUGACUGUCAGCCAGUGAAAUACGGACAGUGCUGGGUGUUUGCUGCAGUCAUGUGCACAGUGAUGAGAAGUUUGGGAAUUCCAACCCGGGUUGUGACCAACUUUGACUCGGCUCACGACACAAACCAGAAUCUGCUGAUUGACGAAUACUAUGAUACGACUGGAAAGAAAUUGAGUAAAGAAAAUAAAGACAGCAUUUGGAACUUCCAUGUGUGGUGUGAAUGUUGGAUGGCACGGAGAGACUUACCUCCAGGAUAUGGAGGGUGGCAAGUGCUUGAUCCAACUCCACAGGAGACAAGCAAUGGGAUCUAUGUCUGUGGUCCUGCUUCAGUGAAAGCUAUUCGAGAGGGAGAGAUACACCUCAACUAUGAUGCUCCAUUUGUGUUUGCCAUGGUGAAUGCAGACUCUGUGUCCUGGGUGGUCACCAAAAAAGGAAACGAAAAGUACCACUGCGACCCACAUUUAAUUGGAAACCAAAUCAGCACAAAACGCGCUGGCAGCGAUGAGCGUGAAGAUGUGACCCAUCAAUAUAAAUAUGAAGAAGAAACAGCCGAAGAAAGAAAAGUGUUUGAGAAGGCCCUGAGCCGACUACACAAAGGAGGUGCCAUGAUUCCAAAUAGUGACACCAAUGAGAGUGGGCAUAUGAAUGGAGCUAACAGACCAUUAUCCAAUGGUAUCACUCCUUCCCCCGGUGGAUCUUCUGGAUACACCCCUCGAAAUGAAGAUUCAAACCUUAAUCGCCCCCUGAGAGAGGCUUUAUUGUUGCUGAAGUUUAAAUUAACUGAAUCUCCCCAGCUUGGAGAUACCAUCAAUUUGGUGUUACUGGCUGGAAAUCUGAUCUCCACUGCCAAAACUUUAAAGCUGUGUUUGAGCGCCCAGGCUAUGAAACAUGACGGCAAACCAGCUCAACAGUUCUGGAAAGAUUCCAUGUAUAUAGAAAUGGGGCCACUUGAAGAGAAAUGGAUUUUAGUCAAAAUCCCUUAUGCAAAGUAUGGACCCUUCCUAGAAGACAACCAUUUGAUCCGAUUUAUUGCGGUUGGAGAACAGAACAUUACCUGGGAGAAAGUUCUAGUGGAAAAAGAUGUUAAUUUGGCUUUACCUGCAGUAGAUAUUAAUUUCCUCGGACCUGCUGUUGUGGACAAACCAUGUAAAGCGGAGCUCUCCUUUUCUAGCCCCAUUAAUGAGGAGAUAAGUGACUGCCAGGUCCUGAUUCAGGGCAGUGGUUUGCUGAAAAAUCAAGUGAAAUUAAACAUGGGCACCCUGAAGCCAGGACAGAAGGCAGUUGUGUCGUUUGAGGUUGUUCCAUACAAAGUGGGUUACAAACAGCUACAGGUGAACAUCAGCAGCGACCGGUUCAAGGGACUCAAAGGUUUCAAGAGUGUCGUGGUGAAACCUUAAGCCUAAACUUUAUGAACUUUUUGAAGAAGCCAUGAUGGAAGUCUAAAUGGAUAUAGUGAAGUGUAAGCAAUUCAACUCAUCAAAGGAAACAAUGUCUCGGAGAAAAGGGUUAAUGGAUACUACAUACAUGUGAAAAUCUUAAUGGGGUGGGCAACUACUCUGUAACAAGUUGGGAAACCAACUGGAAUGUAACCAGCUUACAUGCUAAGGUGUUAACUAAGCUAUUGUGGACUCAACUUUGUUUGGUCAGAGGUGGGAAAUUCUCAAGGUUAUUUUGGGCCAUUUUAUUUGGGCUUUGUCUCCUUAUCCCCUCUUCAUCUCCAGACAUUUUAUGUUUUUUUAUUGUAUAGAUAUGGGGUCAAUUAUCCAGAAUCAUCAUGAUCCAAAUGAGAUUUUGGUGCCUUUUUAAAAUAGCUCUGGCACAUCAGGAAGGCCUGCAACCAUCCUCUGCUCCCAUCUUAUUUUCGCUCUGGAUCAGAUGGGGGAGAGAGUUUGCAACCCACUCCUAGAUUUUCCUGGCUUAGGUUGUGGUAGGUUCCUUGGUUACGAUCCAAGUAUAGGAACUCCAGCAGUAUUACUGCAAACAACUUUCUUGGUAAACACUACCUGGAAUAAAAAGUUGUUUGCAGUAAUACUGCUGGAGUUCCUCUUCCUUCUCCUAUACUUGGAUCAUUUGCAGCAGUUGCAGCACAGAGCAACUAUUAAGGAAUUGGACGCAUACCAUUUGGAAAAGCUGUGCUGACCACCAUCCCCUCUUCUAUUUGAAGGUUCCUUGGUUACCCAGUUUUGGGAGCACUCCUGGAUAAAGAUCCCAUACCUGUAUUUUUAAUUUUAUGUGGCCAGAUUAAAUGUAAAAUGUUUAUUGAAUUGAUUUUUAAAUAAACAA